CGGCGACGGCAGCGCCCGGCCCGGCCCAUCCCGGGGCGGUGCCGCGCAGGACCGGCCGUAACGCGAUGGAGGGCGGCGGAGCGUACGGGGCGGCCAAGGCCGGCGGGGCGUUCGACCCGGUGCGCUUCGUGCAGCAGCCGCAGGUCCUGGCGCGUAUCGCCAGCGCGGUGUUUGCCCUGAUCGUGUUCUCCUGCCUGGUCGGGGAGGGUUACAUCAACCCGCCCAGCACCCAGAAUCUCUACUGCGUCUUCAACCGCAACGAGGAUGCCUGUCGCUACGGCAUCGGUAUCGGCGUGCUGGCCUUCCUGGCCUGCAUCUUCUUCUUCAUGGUGGACUUCUACUUCCCGCAGAUCAGCAACGCCACCGACCGCAAGUACCUGGUGCUGGCCGACCUCGGCUUCUCGGGGCUCUGGACCUUCCUUUGGUUCGUUGGUUUCUGCUUCCUGACCAACCAAUGGGCCUGGACGCACGAUGAGGACGUUCGCAUCGUGGCUGACUCUGCGCGUGCUGCCAUCACCUUCAGCUUCUUCUCCAUCUUCUCAUGGGGCCUCCUGAUCACCUUCGCCUACAAGCGAUAUAAGAUGGGGGUGGAUGACUUUGCGCACAGCUACGUUGACCCCUCGCCGGAGGUCUCCACUCCGUACUCCAGUUACCCCAACAUCAGCCACGACAGCUACCAGCAGCCGCCCUUCACCCAGACCGCGGAUGCCACCGAGGGCUACCAGCCUCCUCCGGUGUAUUGAGCCUGGCCUGCAGGGUUGGCUGUACAAGUGCAAUUUUCUCUCGUGGGGUGGGAAGGGAGGGACCUAUAGCUUGAAUGGGGAAGGGGGGUAGGAGAGCGAUGGUUGCUUUGUGUGAAGACCACUGGGGGUUGGGUGGGUGCUGGGGCAGAGGGCAGGGCCUGGUGCCUGCGGUGGGGCUGCGUGCUCCUUGCUGUGAAGCAGUGAUGGCUGAGUAGGACCCGCUGUGCACAGCCAGCUCCUUUUGGGGUGGGGGUUGGUGCUCUGGGAUGGCUGAGCCCCAAUGCUGUGCCUCUGGGGGAGCAGUGCUGAGCACCCCUCAUUCCCUCCUGGUGCUGCUGCCUUGACCAGCUCUGCUGGCUGCAGUCCCCACGUGCCACCUUUAACUACUGUAGCAUCUGUCCCAGCACAGCUGCACGGUGCAGUCCUGCUCCUGCCUGAUACUGGGUUUGCGUGCCUUCCUCCCCUCCCUCAGCUGCUGCUGGCUGAGCUUGGUGCCAAAGCUGCAUCUGCUGAAUAUACACCCUUGUGCUGUGCCUUCCCCCGGAGCCUGCAUGGGAGCAGCCAGCACUCUAUGGUUUGGGAUCUGCGGGAGUGUUGGGUGCUGGGCAGGGCAGCUCCCUGCCAUCUGCAGGCCUUAUGGCUGCCUCCCACUGAACCCUGUGGGGGUCCCACUGAACCCUUUGGGGGUCUCCCAUACCCUGCUCACUGCUGUCCGAGCCAUACCCUGCUCAGCAGCCUCUGUCCCCAGGCUGGGUGCCGUGCUGUGCCUGCAUGGGCCGUGGCUUGUCUCAGGUUGUGUGCUGCUGUGUCUGUUGUGAAGCUGUUCCCAGCAGCAGUGUGAGGUAUGUGAGCUGGAGCUGCUGGGGCUGGUAUUCAACUAUGCCUUUGUCACUGUAGAGAUGGAAUAAACUUUUUCACCUAGCCACCA